AGUGGGCGGCGCCCCGUGGCCGAGCGGACCAAUGGGAAGAGCGAGGGGGGGACGAAAGGGACCAAUGAGGGCCGGGAGGCGCAGGCGAGGGAAGAUGGCGGAGGAGGAGAAGCUGCCCGCGGGCUGGGAGAAGCGGAUGAGCCGCAGCUCCGGCCGCGUUUAUUACUUCAACCACAUCACCAAUGCCAGCCAGUGGGAGCGCCCCAGCGGCAGCGGGAAGAACGGCCAAGGGGAGCCCAGCAAGGUGCGGUGUUCGCAUCUCUUGGUGAAGCACAACCAGUCCAGAAGGCCCUCGUCGUGGAGGCAGGAAAAGAUCACGCGGACCAAAGAUGAGGCACUGGAGCUUAUAAAUGGCUACAUCCAGAAGAUAAAAUCGGGAGAAGAAGACUUUGAAUCCCUCGCUUCCCAGUUUAGCGACUGCAGCUCGGCGAAAGCGGGCGGCGACCUGGGCGCCUUCGGACGAGGUCAGAUGCAGAAACCUUUUGAAGAUGCCUCAUUUGCGCUGAGGGCGGGCGAGAUGAGCGGACCAGUUUUCACAGAAUCAGGGAUCCACAUCAUCCUACGCACAGAGUGAAGUGCCUUGGUGACACGUAGAAAGGAAAGGGCGAGGGGAAGAAAGGGAAAAAAAAAAAACCUACUCCAACCCUGCACUCUCCCAGAUGAACUUCAUAUCCAGUUUAAAAACAAAACAAACAGAAAAAAAAAAAAAAGCUCAUUUCAUAUCUCAAUAUCUCCUGUGGCACCUGACACAAUGUUUUUCACCUGCAGAGAUGCAUGGUUAGCCAAGGGUGAGAACGCAAUCAAAACGAGACAGUAGCAUCUUUCAUGAGCAGACAGAAUGUUAAAAACAACAGUUCUGGCAUGCCACAGCUGCUUGAGUUAUAUUGACAUGUCUCCUAAGCCGAGGAAUUGUCAAUGCUAAAGGUCACACUUCAGUGCUUCCCACCUCCUCCCCGUUAGAGACGCAGAGUUAUUUAUUGCAGCGCGGCACUGACGAUGGUGAAGCUGACUUGUGAACUCUGGUGCUAUGACGGAAUGAACUCCCCGCCCCUCUGCAUGUUUGUUCAAACACGUUUUAACCAGAAUAAACUGUGUUUGCUCUGCAGUCCAGCCCGUCGGUUUGUAGAAGCGAUUUGCUCAAGCCGGUUGUAAAUUGACCGUAAGAUAGCAAGCGAUGAGCCAGUUGGCGUGGGGCACCCGCGCCUCCCCCCAGCUUCCCUCUCUGCAGCUCUCCCCGCGAGGAUCGUCCCUCUGUCCCGUCCCGCGGUGGCACCCGGAGCUUCCCCCCACCCCCGGCUCCUGCCGCCGCUCUUGACUAAAACUUGAAGAUGCCUUUUGGUCCUGAAAGCAACUGAGAGAGGUUCACGGCCAGUAGUUCCCGCGGCAGGGAGAGCGGUAGGCAGCCCGAGCUGCGUAGCGGUCCGUAGGGUGCUGCGUGCUGCCCCUUCCAGCCCGAGGUCGCUCCAUUCGUUAGGCAGUGCCAUCCUGUAGGGCGGACUGUAUUAUGGAUUUUCAGUUUUUAGCUAGAAGGCUGUUUUUUUUGUUGUUGUUUUUUUUCUCAAGUUCCUCUCGAUCCACUUGUGGUUUAGACACUGUUAAGUCAUUGUUUUCCAGUUACACUGCAUUGCUUAUGUUUAGCAAAAUAAAAACAGAAAAAAUAAAUAAAUAAAUCCCAGCUUUGGUCCAGUGCAAACCAGCUGUAAAGUUCCCGUUCUCGUAAGCAGAAAAUAAAGCCCUCUCCAAUUAAA